GUGAAUCAUGCAUUGCGCAGAAUCUCUGCUCUCUUAAUUUACAGAAGAGAGGAGCAUCUUUAUCUCACAGGAUGCGAAACACGCACUGAUUUCUAUUGAAUGAUUUUGGGAAGGGGGUGCCAAACUUGCGUAAAAGAGCCCGACCGGAUUCUGCACUAUAGGCUACUCAGGCUGUAGACAAUGUCAGCCCUACGGAGGAAAUUUGGAGAGGACUACCAGGUGGUGAACACCAACCGGAGCAUGACUUUUUCAGCCCCGGCGAAGAGAAAGAGGCAGCGGUUUGUGGAGAAGAACGGCCGUUGCAACGUCCAGCACGGUAACCUUGGCGGAGAGACCAGCCGAUACAUCUCAGAUCUCUUCACCACGUUAGUGGAUCUCAAGUGGCGCUGGAAUCUACUCAUCUUCAUCCUCACUUACACUGUGGCAUGGCUGGUGAUGGCUUCCAUGUGGUGGGUGAUCGCCUACAUCCGCGGGGACUUGAGCCACGGCGGCCACGACUCGUCCUACACCCCGUGCGUCGCCAACGUGUACAACUUUCCCUCCGCGUUCCUCUUUUUCAUCGAGACAGAGGCGACCAUCGGCUACGGCUACCGCUACAUUACAGAGAAGUGCCCCGAGGGGAUCAUCCUCUUCCUCUUCCAGUCGCUCCUGGGCUCCAUCGUGGACGCCUUCCUCAUCGGCUGCAUGUUCAUCAAGAUGUCGCAGCCGAAGAAGCGCGCGGAGACGCUCAUGUUCAGCCAGGACGCGGUGAUUUCGCAGCGGGACGGGAAGUUGUGCCUCAUGUUCCGCGUGGGGAAUCUGCGGAACAGCCAUAUGGUAUCAGCGCAGAUCAGGUGCAAACUCAUCAAGUCUCGGCAGACCCCAGAGGGCGAGUUCCUGCCCCUGGAUCAGUGUGAGCUGGAUGUGGGUUUUGGGACGGGGGCGGACCAGCUCUUCUUGGUGUCGCCUCUGACCAUCUGUCACGAGAUCAACAACAAGAGCCCGUUCUUCGAUCUGUCUCAGCGCUCCCUCAUGAACGAGCAGUUUGAGAUCGUUGUCAUCCUGGAGGGAAUCGUUGAAACCACUGGAAUGACAUGCCAGGCGAGGACAUCAUACACUGAAGAUGAAGUUUUGUGGGGGCAUCGUUUCCUCCCCGUCAUGUCACUGGAGGAGGGCUUCUUCCGAGUUGACUACUCCCAGUUCCACAACACGUUUGAAGUUCCAACACCUCCCUACAGUGUCAAAGAGCAGGAAGAAAAGUCUCCUCUGACGUCACCAAACCCUCUGCCAGUCGCACCUACCCCCUCGUCCCCUCCGCUGGGUAACGGCGGCCGAGGAGGCCGACGGGAAAGGCUCUUGUCAGCUGACUGUGCAGACCAUGUAGAGGACCAAGCCAAGAGGCUGCCCAGCAAACUCCAGCGCAUGAGCUCCACCAAGGAGGAGCUCCUCUGGAGAGGGCUAAAGACCGGGCCACCAUUGCCCGGCGGGAAGGCCUCAAGCACAGGAGACCUUCCGCUUAGUAUUCAGAGGCUGAGGUCCAGCUCCAUCCCAGCUGGGAGGCAAGGACAGCCAGAGGAGCAGGUCCAGCUGUUGUCUUUGGAUGGAGAGGCAGAGGAAGUCGAGCUGGAGAAACACAGACUGCCGGCGGCAAUUAACCCCAUAGCUGCUCCGACCCCGAUGCCAGUCCAGAUCCCCUUGGUAGGGAGUCGGCCGGAGGACAACCUACCGGCCAAACUACGCAGAAUGAAUGCUGACCGCUGACUUGUGCUGAAGAUUUUUAAGACUUUUUGAAAACUGAAUCAGGCUUAAUGGGCAUUGCAUAUAACUGAAAACUACUGUGAUAUAUUAGUUUUAUUUUUUAACCUGUAUUUUACCUUUACUGACAGCAGGCUCUCUUCGUUGUUGUCCAAAGCCACAAAUAGUAGGACAACACCUAUAAGCCAUCCAUCCGCUCAUACUGUGAGUCAUUUUUUGAUAGAUCGCCAUCUGUGCCCCCAACUGACUUCUCACACUUCUACCCUUGUGCUUGUUUCUUUCACUUCUGUUCUCAGAAUUGCAUCCAAGACUUUGAAAUCCCCAAAUAAGCACCGUUUUUCUAAUUAAUAAAGCACCAAAGUUACUGUCAUAAUAAGGACUGACCUUGUCUGACCAUUUGCUAAACCUUUUCUCCAAACAGAAUUGUCCAGUUAAAACCGUUAGCUAUGCACAGCUGGUUUGUCUUGUUGGAUUUUCCACGGAAAGCCAAAAAGAGGGUCUCAGUUACGGAUGUAACAAUAACCUCUGAUCAUAAUACAAUUUGUAUCAUGAUGUUAGGUUUACAAUACAACUUUG